GUCUUGAGUACGUCUGAGUCAGCCAAAGGCAAGUCCAAGACGAUGCCCUGUGUGUCACAUCACUGAAGCAUCUGAAAUACAGAAGGAACCAGCUGCAUUCACUGUGCUUGACAAUCACCAAAAGAUCAGCCAUGCCAAAUGCAACAGUUGGACCAAAUCUUACAGACUUGACUGCGACUAGUCUUGUCAAUGAGACUCACAAUCAUAAGGAACCCUACUUACAUAAACUAGCACACCUCGAUGAAGCACUCUACAAUGAUUACUACAGCCUCUGGCUUGCCUUAAUGAUAAUUAAUGUUUUCAUAUUUGUAGUUGGCAUUGUCCUCAACAGCGUCGCAUUAUACGUGUUCUGUUUUCGUACCAAGACCAAAACAACAUCUGUCAUCUAUACCAUAAACCUAGUAAUCACGGAUUUGAUGGUGGGUUUCUCCUUGCCAACCAGGAUAAUAAUGUAUUACAGUGGUGGUGAAUGCCUGACAUGCUCUUUUGUGCACAUUUUCAGCUAUUUUGUGAACAUGUACUGCAGCAUUCUGUUCCUAACCUGCAUCUGUGUGGAUAGGUACUUGGCUAUUGUCCAAGUGGAAGCUUCACGCAAGUGGAGAAACCCUCACUAUGCCAAAGGGAUUUGCGUUUUCAUCUGGCUAUUUGCCAUCAUUGUCACUUACUCUAUACUCACCACAGCAAUCAAGUAUGCCUCUUGUUGUCUGUCUAAGCUCUUCGCUCUGACAGUGUUUGAAUACUUUUUGCCUUUAGUGAUUAUCACAGGGUUCACCAUUAGGAUCAUGUGUGCCCUGGCCAAGCCAAAUCUUAUGCAGCAGAGCAGAGAAAGACGCAUGAGGGCUGUCCAGCUUCUGGUCACUGUGUUGAUUAUUUUCAUGAUCUGCUUCACACCCUUUCAUGUCCGCCAGGUGGUGGUCUACGCAAAUCCUAAACUGCCCCUUCAUAUCAGCUUAAUAGUAUACCACGUUACUGUGACCCUAAGUAGCCUCAACAGCUGUUUGGACCCUAUUGUCUACUGUUUUGUCACUAACAACUUCCAGUCUACUGUGAGGAACAUCUUUGUCAAGGUCGAGCCUGAACAGAACAGCGGAGAGGUAAUCAGUGUACAAAAGAGCUCUAAGGUGUCCACAGGAAAGACAGUAGUUUCAAGCAUGAUGAUGAAUGGCCCUGCACUGGACAUUGAACAGUGAAGAGACAACAGCAAUAUCCACGCAGCAAAAGAGGACUUUCAUGUCUCAAGAUUAUGCUGUAACUUUGCUUUGUACUACAUUUUGUGCCUUGAUGUUCAUAAUACAUCAUUUUGUACAGUUUGGUGGAAUUUACUCAAGGUGUCCUUUACCAGAGAAGAAUGGAAGGCCUGGUUUUCUUUGUUUAGGUAAUGCUCCGUUAGUUGUAAGACAAUCUGGUGUUGGCAGACAAAGGAAAGAGAAACAAAGUCUUAUUGUUUGGCGCAUUAGUUUAUAAGAUGGGACAGAAACCCUUGGCCCUAGACCAAAAUACAAUGGAAAAUCUUUGUUCUUCUUGCAAAAGCAAAAAAAUUUGGUUUCCAGUGUUUAUAGGUCUGUCUACUCUACCUUUCCAUUCUUACAGCGUCACCUCUAGUGAUGUAUGUGUCUGACUUGCCUGGAAAUUGUUGAAUAUAUUUUGUGAAACAUUCUCCAAUCUGUUAACUUCAGACUUGUGCCUGAAACUUUAUGUAGAUAUAAAAUAACCACAGGAGUUAUCCUUGGGUUGAUAAGAUAUAACUUUCAGAACUCUAUUUUCUGGGAAUGCCUCUUCUAGGGACUCAGCAUUUUAAUAUAUAGUAUAAAAUAAUGAAUGGGUUCAACUACAUUACGUUCAAUAGAUUGUUUUGGUUUGACAAUUUGAGGCAUUGUUCGUUUAAACUACACAAGAAUAGGAAUAGAUUUGAAGGUGGGUAGUUAUCUUUCAUUCAAGGGGCAGAAGGUAUUGUAAUAUGUUUCCAGUUCAUGAGAGCUCUCUAUACGCCUCCAAUAGGGGAUCCAACUCAAUUCUUGAACUUGCGAAAGUUUAUGGCACCAGCUAGAUGUGAUAUUGGUGGCAAUGUGGUGACACAUAUAUUUGACGACUGCUAAUCCAUCAUUUCAACACCCAUUCCCUGAGAUGUACUGAAUAAUUGGUGGGCAACUUAUCUGUCCCACAUAGGCCCAUUGGGACCCUUAGCUGAUACUUCAUGUUACAACAGCUGUAACUUUGACAUUCUGCCCUAUUAUCAAAACUGCAAGUUUGAUGUCAGCCAAGUGAGGCACCGGAUUUAACUGGUUUAAGUGGGCACAUAAAAGCCCAGGAAAUAGCCUUAAAUGCGAUCUCAGAAGAAAGCACUUCACUUCUACAACUGUUGAUCUGCUCAGUUACUCCCUAGCCACAAUCUUUAAUGCCCAUCUCCCCAGUAAAGCCACUGCUCUUUCCCAGACUUGUGUUCCCUCUGCAAUUACUCCAUUUUAACUCAAACUGGGACGCAGACUUAAAAGUCUUGUUAUACAACUAGUUAAGUCAUUUUCCAUAUGAUCUGGGUGAAUACCGAAAAAAAAACUUCUCAUUAUCUCCUCAUAGUUUUUAUUUUGUAUUUUGCUGUUGUAUGCAUUUUAAGAUACACUAUCCAACUUUUGAGCUACUGACAUUGUUGGGCUAAGAUUUCUUUGUGUUCCACUUGGGGCCUGAAAUAUACAUUCAAGCCGAAGGAAAACUUUUAUGGAAAUGGAUGCUUUUCAGAUUUGGUGUACAAUGUUAUACCGUGGCAGUAAUACAUUAUAUGGCAUGUAUUUCACUGAACAGUGAAAUUCCUUUAUUCUGUUGUUGGUCUUUGUUCAGUAUUCUUCUGAGGCAGGGAAAAUUGAGUGAACAUAAGACAUGAGCAAGAUAAUUAAGUCAUCUUAAGCGAUGAUAUUGAGUGUUUUUAGCUUUCUAUUUGUAAUAUAAUGGCAGAGUCACUGGAUGUUUUCUUAGGUUGUGAUAGAAUAAAGUUGUGAGUGUUCUCAAAGAAUGUUUUUAAAGCAGAGGUAGAUCGUUUCUUGACUAAUAAUGGAGUCAACGGUAUCAGAGGUAAAUGGGAAUGUGAAAUUGAGGCCACAAUUAGAUCAGCUGUGAACUUAUUAAAUGGUGGAGCAGAACUGAGUGAAUCAAAUCUAUGCUCCUGCUCCUAAUUUGUCUGUAGGUUAUCAACUGUGUUUGCCAAACCUUCUGAACAGGCUUGUAAAUUACUUGUAAAUACAUAGCCCAUAGGAAUACCCUCUUGGAUUCAGUAAGAAUGUGUGAAACUAGCUGAUGGAUAUGGUUACACUUUUUGCUAUUGUGUGUCCAACACAAAUUCUGUUACAUUAAAAAUGUAGGAUAAUGAUUCAAUUGAAAGUAUUGGUGUUGCCCACUUCUAUUUUUCCUGCCAAGAAAGCAGUCUGUUGGAACUGCAAAUAUAUCUGCAACCAUUCCCAAUGCAGGAAGUGCAAUUUAGCUAAUUCAAAAUGUUAGUUUCACCUAUCAUUAUGCUCCUGCCAUUGUGGGCACUGGUUUAGUAUCCAGUGAUUCAUUUAUUGGCGUGUUUGAACAUUGACAAAACAUUCUUAGGUCUUUGGGUGGCACAGUGUUUCAGUAGUUAGUGCUGCUGCCUCACAGUGCCAGGAACCCAAAUUCAAUCCUAGCCUCAGGUGUCUGUGUGGAGUUUGCAUGCUCUCCACGUGUCUGCAUGGGUUACCUCCAGGUGUUUCGGUUUCCUCCCACAAUCCAAAGAUGCGCAGAUUAGCUGGAUUGGCCAUGCUAAAUUACCCAUUGUGUCCAGGGAUGUGUAAAUUAGGUAGAUUUUCCCAGGGCAGAAAUGGCUAGCACGAGGGGUCAUAGUUUUAAGCUGGUUGGUGGAAAGUAUAGAGGGGAUGUCAGAGGCAGGUUCUUUACGCAGAGAGUUGUGAGAGCAUGGAAUGCAUUGCCAGCAGCAGUUGUGGAAGCAAGGUCAUUGGGGUCAUUUAAGAGACUGCUGGACAUGUAUAUGGUCACAGAAAUUUGAGGGUGCAUACAUGAGGAUCAAUGGUUGGCACAACAUUGUGGGCUGAAGGGCCUGUUCUGUGCUGUACUGUUCUAUGUUCUAUGUUCUAUGUUCUAUUAGCCAUGGGAAAUGCUGGGUUACAGCGAUGGGGUAGUGGGUUGAGUCUGGAUGCGUUUCAGAGAGUCAGUGUGAACUUGUUGGGCCCGAUGCCUUGCUUCCACACUGUUGGGAUUCUAUGACCUUCUCUUAUAUCUAAGUGUUCAAACUGGGCAGCCAAUUAAUAAUGCAAAAUUACAGGCCAUGGACUAUUGAUGUUCUAUCAUUAGAUACCAUCAGCAAUGAACAGACAAAACUACAUUUAGAAACCAUGCUAAAUUUGUCAAGGUAAAAAACAUUUGCCUUCGGCCCUCACAAAUAACUUCACUGUUUCAAUGUUUUCUAACUUUAGGGUGUAUUAAACAAUGGUACUCAUGAACAGCAAUCGUUAAGGAUGUUUAUCUAUGCAGAGCUCUAAUAAGCUUUAGAAUCUAGACUUCUUACUGACAAGAGAGAUAUGGCUAUUUGUAAGCUUUCCAACUGACUUAAGUGACAGGUGUCAACAUGUUCACCAAUCUGAUUCCUUCACUCCAAUGAGGAAUUCCUGGAAUAUGAGGCAUGUGAAGCUAAAUAGAGUUUCACAAACACCCUUCUGCCAAGCUGCCUAAAUGAGGUUUGGCUAUUCUGGGCAUUUUGAGACGUUUGCAUCUUUGAUGGAAUAGGAAAGCUAAAGUCACUACCGUCCCACUCUCUCACUAAAAAGGAAGAGGUUUAAUCUGAGGAUCACCAUAUCUCAGGCAUGGGGAGACAUCAAGAAGGAGCGUCCUUCUUGGUAACCUCAGCUGCUGUGAGGACUGCAUGUACAUACGCUCUGAAACCUGUUAUCAGUCAACUGAGCUAACCUCAGACUGACUAACAGUGAAGUAAAUGCCAUCCUAUUUUCGUUAUCACAUUAGUCGGCUGAGAAUAUCAAGCAUUCCAUUCAAGUACUAUAGCCUAAGUUAUUAAUUUUUUUAAGCUAUCACUGAAAAUAUUAGAAACCUGAAAUAAAACAGCAAAGUCUAUAAAGUUCAGAUGGAUUCUAUUAAGAGAAGGCAAUUAAGACUCUUUGGAACAUUGUAAAUGUGUUGCUUUUUGCCUCACAGAUGAUCUCCAUGCUAACAUUUAUAUGGAACAAAUUUGUGGCAGAAUAUAGUCGAUGAGGAUUUAUAUCUUUCAAGUAGAUAUAAUAACAUUUAAUAAUUUUAAAUUCAUAAGGAUUACAUUCGUAAACAUCUGUACAUAAUCUGUAAAAUUCGUUUGUGAACUAUUAAAACGGAGAUCACAGGAAAUAUACAUGUAGAAAAGUAAUGAUUUAUUUCUGAUUGAUCAGCAACAUGCUAUGCUUUCACAAUAACUGUGUCAACUAGAAACACUUGUAACAUAUUAAAUAUUAACGCUGCAGCUCUUUGCAAAUCAGGUUAGACUGCAGACUGCCAUAUGUGUUCUGCAGUUUAAGUAUUCAACUUCAACUGUUGACCAAGGAACAAGGACCUUCUUCUGUGACUGCCACACCAUGUGGCAUUUAAAGGAUAUUGUUUGGGACCAAUGUACUUGAUGUUUAAGUACUCAACAUGUCUGUUGUCCAUUUAUGUGUGCCAAUAUUUUGUCAACGUAUGUACAUAUAUGUAUGUUCAUUUUCUAUAUUCUCCCCAAUUUCUAUGAUAUGAAGUAUCAGACAUGUUGGAAUGAUUUAAAAAAUCUCGCUGUGAGCUUGGCAAACUCUGUUGAAAUAAAGAGAAGCCUU